AUGGCCACCUCGAUCAUCGGCGGAUGCACUUCCAGUCGCGUGUAUCCACAACCACCGCCCACGAACUUCUCUUCGUCGAUGACUGCGCCCUCAACACCACAUCGGGAUGGGAGCAUGGAUCCCUUAUGCGCCGCCUGCGGCAUCUUCGGCCUGAUCAACACAGAGAAGACGCUGGUCAUGCACCAACCGCCACCCAACGCUGCCCACAAUACGCCGCAAAUCAGCGUGGACGGAACCCACCCACAAGUCGUGGACAACUUCACGUACCUGAACAUCACCCUCUCCCGCAGCAACAAAAUCGACGAUUUUCGGAUUUUCGAGGCCAGUCAAGCCUUCGAUCGUCUUCAAAACAGGUUGAAAUCGUUACGGUCUCUAACUCUGCACUAA